AUUCUUUUUUUCUUUUCCUCUUUUCCUUUUUUAGUUUCCUAGUUUCUCACUCCCAACCACCCAAAACCCAAAACCCAAAACAGAAAGCCACAUCGCUGGGUUUUUGAAAUUUGAAGUCUUGGGUUUUCGAAAUUUGAGGUUUUUUUUUUUUUUUUUUGGAAUUUGGGUAUAUUGCCUUGAUUGAAGUCGUGCUGAAAUUCCUGCUAAUUUGAUUGAGAUUGAUAGAGCUAAAACGGGACCUCUUCACCUACAUAGGUGGGUCUCUUCCAACAGAAAAUUUGAACUUCUUGUUGUUUUCCCUCGAAGCUGAUUAGAUUAACAUGAGUGGAUCACACGAGAACAGCAGUCCGGGUUUCAAGAAACCCCAGCAAUUUCAAGGAGGCCCAAGAAUGGGAGUUUCAAAGCAUAAAUUUCAAGGGCCGCAACCCAAUCAGCGACGAGCUCUCAGCAACAUUAAUCAGAACACCAUGGGAGCUACCCUACACCCCUGCACAGAACUGAAAGCUGGACUCCAAGAAAAUAGCUCGAUGAUUUCAGCUUACAGAUCAAUAAAAAGGAAGUUUGCAGCACAAACAGAAUGCAAGCUGUGGCAUUUGUCCAAUGAAACAAAGAGAUCAACCUCGUUAUUCUCAAAUCCAAAAGAGUUGCAAGAUUACACAAUCAUAGAUGUCAAAGAGCACAAGGAUGCUACUAAUAUUCCAGAUCCAGUAUCUGAAACAAAGAGAUCGAGAUUGUUAUACUGGAACUCAAAUGGGACGCAAGAUUGCACCAUCAUAGAUGUGGAGGAGUACAAGGAUGCGACUAAUAAUCCAGAUACGGUGUCCAUAGUGCACACCGAGGCAAUGCUCAAUGAAAUUGACACUAUGGAAGUUGAGAUGGAAGAUGUAGCAGAGGAGCCCAUUUUGGAUAUUGAUAGCUGUGAUAUGGGAAACCCACUUGCAGUUGUUGAGUAUGUAGAUGACAUUUAUGCUUACUAUAGGGAAAAUGAGAAUUCAGGUUGUAUCUCUUUAAACUAUAUGGCACACCAAUUUGACAUCAAUUACCAGAUGAGGGCUAUCCUUAUUGAUUGGCUUAUUGAGGUGCACUGCAAGUUUCAGCUCAUGGAGGAAACUCUGUUCCUUACCAUCAAUCUUAUUGAUAGGUUCUUAGAGUGCCAAGCAGUUGUCAGAAAGAAGCUUCAACUAGUUGGAGUUACAGCCAUGCUAUUAGCAUGCAAGUAUGAGGAGGUUUCUGCCCUGGUGGUGGAGGACAUGGUUUUGAUUACAGACGAGGCUUACACAAAAAAGGAAGUCUUGGAUAUGGAGAAACUAAUGUUGAGGAAGCUGCAGUUCAAUAUGUCAGUUCCAACCCCCUAUGUGUUCUUGACAAGAUUCCUUAAGGCAGCUCAAUCUGACAAAAAGCUUGAGCUUCUGUCGUUCUUCAUAGCUGAGCUCUGCCUGGUAGAGUAUGAAAUGCUCAAGUUUCCACCGUCUUUGCUAGCUGCAGCAGCACUUUACACUGCUCAGUGCAGUCUUUAUAGGUCUAAGCAAUGGUCUAGAACGAUUGAGUGGCAUACUAACUACUCUGAAACCCAGCUCCUGGAAUGCUCCAGAAUGAUGGUCACUUUCCAUCAGAAGGCUGGACUAGGGAAACUCACUGCAGUGCACAGGAAGUACAGUCUGUGUGAGUUCAGGGGGGUGGCAAAAUCUGAACCAGCCCAGUUCCUCUUGGAUCAUGAACGCUGACCAGAAGGUCUAGAACAUAUUGAGUGAUUAGUUUCACCUUUUUGUGGUUUUGGUUGUUUUUUCUUGCUACAACUGCAACUCAGGUUGCCUGAAAUUGAAAACUGAAUCAACUGACACUUUGUGGAUUUCUGCUGUUGCUGUUUGGCUGAAGCCCACAAUCCAUCUCAGUUGUUUGGUUUGCAAGAACAGAUUGGCAUCUUUUGGUUUCUUUCCCUUUGCCAAUGUUCUAUUAUCUUGAACCUAAUGUAGAAAAUGUGUUCUGAUGGAUGAUGAGAAUGAUAACGAAAGCUCAAGUCCUACUGCAUCUAUAUUAUUUUUCUCUUUCCUUUUUUUUCAGAUUGAAAUUUUAAGAAAAAAGUUACAAAAUAUUGGGAACUAUGCUACUUCAAAAUUGUGAUGAUGAUGAUUUUUUCCGCUCAAGUUUUUUAAUCAAAGCAACAUUAUUUAAA